GGAUCAGCUGUUAAAGUGCACCGAGGGUUAUGGCACCGCAUUUGGAGAAUUCAGUAAGGAUGAGGACGCAAAAUUAACUAGUUUUUUUAUUUUUUUGGAAGAGAAGCAGAGUUUCUUCUCACUUCGGUUGAUUCUUUUCUCUCUUGUUUGUGAAGUUGGAUGGAGUGAUUGAACCUUAACGACGUGGACAUUCAUCGGUUUCGGAUAACUGUCCGUGAUAUUUGUGCGCAAUGGAUUUAAGCAUUUCCAGACGCGCAGGAGUUUUCCUUGUUAUUUGCACAGUUUUAAGUCUCCUGUAUGGCUGCAGAGGAGAAAUCCCUCCUAAACCAACCGGCGGUGUCACGAUUGUUCCCCCUAUUAAGCCUGACAAUGUACCCCAGGCCUAUCCAGACGCUGAAAAAGCAAAUCUACCAGUGUUUACAAUGGAUUACCCAAGAAUACAAAUACCCUUUGAGAUCACUCUGUGGAUGCUGCUGGCUUCAUUCGCAAAAAUUGGUUUCCAUGUGUACCAUAAGAUCACCAUCUGGGUGCCGGAGUCGUGCCUCCUGGUCAGCAUCGGUCUGAUAGUGGGUGCCAUCAUGCACUCUGUCCACGAGGAGCCCCCCGCCGUGCUCACCAGCAAUGUCUUCUUCCUCUACAUGCUGCCUCCGAUUGUCCUCGACUCUGGCUACUUCAUGCCCACCAGGCCUUUCUUUGAGAACAUCGGCACGGUGCUGUGGUUCGCAGUGGUGGGGACUCUGUGGAACAGCAUCGGCAUUGGCAUGUCUCUGUUUGCCAUAUGCCAGAUUGAGGCGUUCGGUGUGCAGGACAUCAACCUGCAGGAGAACCUGCUGUUUGCCAGCAUCAUCUCGGCCGUGGACCCCGUGGCUGUGCUCAAUGUGUUUGAGGACGUGAGCGUGAACGAGCAGCUCUACAUCGUGGUGUUUGGGGAAUGCCUCUUCAAUGAUGCGGUCACUGUGGUGUUGUACAACAUGUUCAGCUUCGUGGCGGAAAUGCCGGUGGUGGAGCCAGUGGAUGUGUUCCUGGGAGUGGCGAGGUUCUUCGUGGUCGGCCUCGGCGGGAUGGGCUUCGGCAUCCUGUUCGGCUUUGUGGCCGCCUUCACCACAAGAUUCACCUCCAAGGUUCGGGAAAUCGAGCCGCUGUUCAUUUUCAUGUACAGCUAUCUGGCUUAUCUGGUUGCCGAGCUCUUUGCCAUCUCAUCCAUCAUGGCCAUUGUAACCUGUGCCCUCACCAUGAAGUACUAUGUGGAGGAAAACGUUUCCCAGCGUUCCUGCACGACCAUCCGACAUGUUGUCAAGAUGCUCGGCUCCAUCUCGGAGACCCUCAUCUUCUUCUUCCUGGGAGUCGUCACCAUAACAACAGAGCACGAGUGGAACUGGGGCUACAUCCUCUUCACGCUGCUGUUUGCCUUUGUUUGGAGAGGUCUGGGUGUCUUGGUGCUGACUCAAAUCAUUAACCCUUUCCGCACCAUCCCAUUCAACUUGAAAGAUCAGUUUGGUCUGGCCUACGGAGGUCUGCGAGGGGCAAUUUCAUUCGCUUUGGCCUUUACACUUCCUGAUAACAUUGGUCGCAAGCAGCUCUUCGUCACAGCAACUAUUGCUAUUAUCCUCUUCACUGUUUUUCUUCAGGGCAUCAGUAUCCGACCUCUGAUUGAGUUCAUCAACGUCCGCAGAACCAACCGCAACCUCAGCACCAUCAAUGUGGAGAUUCACUGCAGGCUCAUGGAACACACCAUAGCGGGAAUAGAGGAUCUCUGUGGACAGUGGAGCCACUUCUACUGGAAGGACAAGUUUAUGAAGUUCAACAAUCGCAUCCUGCGUAGGAUCCUCAUCAGAGACAGCAGGGCUGAGUCCAGCAUUGUGGCGCUGUACAAGAAGCUGGAGCUGCAGAACGCCAUGGAGAUCCUGGACACGGUGUCUGGAGACAUCAGUGCUGCUCCGUCCAUCGUCUCUCUCUAUGAGGAGAAGAAAAGCUCUGCUAAACCUAAGAAGAAGUUCUUGGCUGCUGAUCUAAGGAACAUGCACGACAUCUUGUCCAAGAACAUGUACAAGAUCAGGCAACGGACGGUGGCAUACACAAAUAAGCAUGCACUGCCCAACGACAGCCAGACGAAAGAGAUACUGAUCAGACGCCACGCCAGCAUCCGUCGAAGCCUCCGACCGGGCAGCUUUCAGUCAAACAUGGUGCCCAAGUCGCACAAAUACUUCUCCCUUCCUGCUGGACAGAGUUUGGAUUUAAAAUUUCCUCCUUCAAGGCUGAGCUACACAGAUGAUCACGAAACCAUGUCAGAGGUCGCCUACCCAAGUCGACGCUCUCGGUUCGGCCAGCCCACGCGCUCCUCCUCCAGAGCCAUGAUGCCUAUGCGCCGGCUGGACACCCUGAAAGAAGCUCCGUCUGUAGACGCUGUGGAUGAAGGCAGGAGUGACGGUGGACGGACUGGUCACGGCAUGUCCAGAACAAACUCCUCCUACAGUGACUCCCAUGUUGUACCCGCUCCCCGUCGUCACCACCCCGGUGAUAAUAACAGCGGCUCAGCGGAUAACUUAAGAAACAGCCAUCAUGAAACACAAGAGGAAGAGGAGGAGCAGUCGCAGCCUUCUUCUCCAUCUCCAGUGUGGGCUGCUGAACCCAGAGACAGCACCACUAGAAACCCUCUGCUCAGGCGGCCUCAGUGGAACCCGAAGAAGAUGUAAAAAGGCUUCCUGGGCUUCGGCAGCAGCUGGACUGCGACGCACUGAGUCUCUAGUUGUCAAGCAGUUGCAGGUCUCAGAUAUGAGUGUGUCUUCAUACCACUGAGUGAGUUAACUGUGGAAGUCCAUUCAUUUCUUAUUAGAAGUGAACCAAACUUCAAAAUGAGCCACAUAGGACAGGAAGAAAAAGUCAGAGGCACAUCAGAAGCACAGUGCACUACUGCGAAGGUACUGCACAUGAACUCUCAGCAGUGAGUUAUUUCACAUGAAUUUGAUUUUAAAUGCCUUUUACCUUCCUGUAGGACUUUCUUAAAAACAGAACUGAAACUGUUUUAUUGUGAAAUUGUACUGUUUUGUUGCUUACAUGUUAAUAUUUUAGUUUUUCUGUAUUUUAUUGCCCAUCACGUGUGACAGUUAUAAGAUCAAGGAUAUCAUUUUGUACUUAGGUCAUUUUAGGUGAACAUGCUAUCGCUGUGCAGCACAAAGGACAGUUAGAACCAACUGGGGGCUUUUUGAAUGUCUGGGACACUGAUGGACCCUCUGGUCAACUCUGUUAUUGUUUUCCGUUUCUGUAAUAAAUUUUCUAUGUUGU